CGUCGAUUAUUGUCAUUGGUCAUUAUUGUACAGGUAGUGAAACCUAAAUGAUAUAUAGAUUCAUUUGUCAUACAUUUAAUAAUCGUAUUAUAUUUAAUAAUAAUAAUAAAAAAUACUUAAGUGAAUUAACAUCAGCGAUUUUAAAAAAAACGAUGGCUACAGUAGAAAAAAAACCGUUUUAUCGUUUACCUGAAAAUAUUCGUCCUCGUCAUUACGAAAUAACCCUAGUUCCAGAUAUUGAUAAGUUUACUUUCCAAGGAAGUCAAUCUGUUGAAAUAGAGGUGAAAGAAACAACUGAUAAAAUAAUAUUGAACUCAUUGGAUAUUGAAAUAAGCAGCGUUACAUUCAAAAAUGACAAAGGAACGAGUCUCAAAGCGGCAAAAAUAGACCUGCUGCCAGAAGAUGAAACUGCUGUUUUAACGUUUCCUGAAAAACUUCCGGUUGGAAAAACUGGUUGUUUGAAUUUUGAUUUUGUCGGACAGAUAAAUGAUAAAAUGAAGGGAUUGUAUCGCAGCAAAUAUCAUGGCGGGAAAAGUAAUGAAUCAGCUGCCGUGACUUAUCUAUGUCCGACUUCAGCACGUAGAGUAUUUCCUUGUUGGGAUGAGCCAAAAAUAAAAUCAACAUUUAGCUUGAAAAUAGUUGUUCCAUUAUCUAAAAGACUAGUCGCAUUAUCUAACAUGCCAGUAGAAAAAGUCGAGAAAAAGGGCGAGCUAGAGAUUUUGAAGUUCGAAAAAACCCCAGUGAUGUCAACGUACCUCGUAGCAGUCGUUAUCGGGGAGUUUGAUUACUUGGAAGACAAAACCGUUGACGGAACUGUCGUAAGAGUUUACACUCCGAAAUCAAAACAAGAACAAGGACGAUUUGCCUUAGAAGUAGCGACCAAAGUACUGCCAUACUACAAUAAAUACUUUGGAAUAUCUUACCCACUACCAAAAAUGGACCUCAUCGCCAUCGCUGAUUUUUCCGCGGGAGCCAUGGAAAAUUGGGGCCUAGUUACUUACAGAGAGACUUGUCUGCUAGUCGACCCCCAGAACACAUCAGCAGCCUCAAAGCAGUGGAUUGCUCUGGUGGUGGGACACGAGUUGGCCCAUCAAUGGUUCGGGAACUUGGUGACCAUGGAAUGGUGGACCCACUUGUGGCUCAACGAAGGCUACGCCUCAUUCGUCGAGUUUCUUUGCGUCGCUCACUUGUUCCCCGAGUACGACAUCUGGACUCAGUUCGUCACCGACACUCACAUCAAAGCCCUAGAGCUUGACGGUCUCAAGAACAGUCACCCGAUUGAAGUACCCGUCGGCCAUCCCACGGAAAUAGACGAAAUUUUCGACGACAUUUCUUACAACAAAGGCGCCAGUGUCAUUCGCAUGCUGCACUCCUACAUCGGCGACGAAGAUUUCCGCAAGGGUAUGAAUCUUUACCUCAAACGUCACAGUUACGCGAACGCAGAGACGGAAGAUCUCUGGGCGGCCUUGGAAGAAAUGAGCAACAAACCAGUCGGCGAUGUCAUGUCGACCUGGACAAAGCAACAAGGAUUUCCUGUUAUAAAAGUUGAGCAACGUCAGCAAGGCAACGACAGAGUACUAGUUUUAUCUCAGGAAAAAUUCCUCGCUGAUGGUUCUGUUGAUAAAGAAGAUUAUCUAUGGAUGAUCCCAUUGAGUGUCAGUACAUCAAAGUCACCGAAUGAUGUUGCGCUUACGACAGUAAUGAGUGAAAAAAAUAAAGAAAUAAUAAUAAAAGAUGUACCGGAAGGAUCAUGGGUUAAAAUAAAUCCCGGUACAAUUGGAUUUUACCGCACGCGUUAUGAUUCCCAAGCGCUUUCUUUACUUAUGCCGGCAAUUAAAGACCGGACAUUACCGCCACUAGAUCGACUCGGACUUUUUGAUGAUCUCUUCGCAAUGGUCCAGGCCGGUCAUACAUCAACUGUUGAUGUACUUAAAUGUAUGCAAGCGUUUCAGUAUGAAGAUAAUUAUACUGUGUGGUGCAGCAUCGUCAGUAGUUUAGGAAAAAUAGGAAUUUUAUUGGGUCAUCUUGAUAUCUACGAUAAUUUCAAAGCCUACGGCCGGUCAUUAUUGAAGGACAUCACCAAGAAAUUAGGGUGGGAGCCUAAAGAAAAUGAAAGUCACCUGGACAAUUUGCUGAGGUCACUCGUCUUGGGUAGAAUGGCUGUGCUUAAAGACACGGAAAUUAUCGAAGAAGCCAAGAGACGAUUCGAUCUUCACGUCACGAAGAAGUCAAUCCUGGCUGCUGAUCUCAGGACUCCCGUUUACCGCGCGGUACUUUCUGUUGGUGACGUCAAUACUUACGAGACGAUGCUCAAGUUGUACGACGAAGCUGAUUUGCAUGAAGAGAAGGACAGAAUACUAAGAGCACUGGGAACAAUUCAGGAUGAAAAGCUGCUGUCAAAAGUUCUUGACUUUUCAAUGAGUGACAAAGUACGUGCUCAGGAUACUGUAUUUGCUAUAAUGUCUGUUGCUAUGAACUCAAAAGGACGUGAUUUAGCUUGGGAGUUUUUCAAAAAUAAUUGGAAGCCGCUGAUGAAUCGCUACGACGGUGGGUUUUUGUUAUCGAGGCUCGUUAAACAUACAACUGAAAAUUUUGUUACCGAAGAACGUGCCAUAGAAAUAGAGGAAUUCUUCAAGAAAAAUCCUACACCUGGUUCGGAGAGAACGGUGCAACAGAGCAUGGAAAAUAUUAGACUUAAUGCUGCUUGGCUGGCUCGAGAUCAAGCUUCUAUUGAAUCGUUUUUCAAAAAUAAUUCGUAUUAAAAAUAAGAAAUUUUUUUUUUUUAUUUAAUUAAUUAAUUAAUUGAAGAUUUCAUGAGCUCAAAGGUUGUUGUUUCAAAUAUUUAUUAAUAUCUUUUGUUGAUAAAUUAAAUGUACAAGUAUUAUAUCAGUAAUUUAUAAUAAUAACUUUUAAUUAUUAAUUUAUAAUUUUUUAAAAAUAUUAAUUGUUAUUGAAGAUAUUAAUAAUUUUUUAGGGGCGUGCGAUUAAUUCGAAUUUACGAAUUAGUCGUGUUAAAUAGAAUCGAAUUUUUCGAGAAUUUAUGAGUAAUUCAAAAAUUUUAUUUUGAGUGAUUUAAAAUUUUUAUAUUUUUUUCGAUAAUUUAAUUUUUUCAGAGGUAACUAGAGCUCAGACGAAUCUACGGAAAUUUUUUUUUACUUUGAAAAAUUCUCUAUUAAGGACAUACUCAGCCCCCCCCCCCCCUUUUAAAAAAUUUGAAAAUUAAUUAGAAAAAAAAUUAAAACCUUAAUAGAAAAAGGGACAAUUUCACCGAGAUAUAGAAUUUUAAAAAAAUAUUUGCAGUUGAUAUCAAUUGGGAAUUAAACGAAAUUUGAAUAAAUUUUGAUUUUACUAAAUUUGAAAAAUUUCGUUCAACUCCCAAUUAAUAUCAACUGCAAGUAAUUUUUUUAAAAUUUAUAUCGCAGCCAAAUUGUUCUUUUUUCAAUUAAUAAUUAAAUUUUUUUUUAAUUAAUUGAUAAAAUUUUGAUGCUAAUGAGAGUUGAAAAUUAUUCAAAAUUCUUAAAAAGUGGGGACACUUUUUGGGUGGCCAUAAAAAUUGAAUAUUUGAAACUGAUCAGAAUUUUCUUGAUUCGAAUCGAGAAAUUUGAAAAGUUAGAAUAAUUUGAAAAUUGAGAAUUAUUCGAUUCGUCCCUAUAAUUUAUUAUUAUAUAGAAACAUCAACGAUUGGACUCAAAAGAAAAAUAAUAAAAAUUUAAACUUUUUUUUUUUCAAAGAAAUAUACUUACGUAACAUUAAAUUUAUUUGCACUUAUUAUAAUUAAAUAAAGUCAGUUUUGAAACUUUUACAUGAAAUUUUUUACAUAAAAAAAAAACGAUUGUAAAUUGUUGUGUAAUAAUUAUUAAUUUUUAUAAAACAUUUACUUAAUUUAAUUCAGUAUUGUUUUAUAUAUAACCAUCUACUAUUAUUAUCAUUAUUAUUAUUUUAUUGUUCGUUGAAACAUUUAUAUUUAUUUUUACCAGUACUUAUAAUUUGAGAAUAAUUAAAGACACCCGAUCCAAAUGAUAAAAAUUUUAUUUAGGAUUUAAUUUUUUUUAAAUAUAUGCUAGCUUUUAUAUAAUUGUAAAAAACAUUAAGGGGGGAAGCUGGCCUGAGAUCCAAAAAAAUAGCAAAUUUUUGUGAUUUUUUUUUUCAGAGUAUUUUCAUUUUUAAAAUUGUCAAAAUUUGUGACAUUAUUUAAUAUCAUUUCAAGAAUAUUCUGCUAAAUUUUUAUAAAAAAAUAUUGAAAAAUAAGCCAGUGGCAGUGGGGAGAGACGAGUCACUAAAAAAAAAUCUUCAUGCCGCGGGCAGGACUCAUGACUGCCUCAUCUAAAAUCAAAAAAACCAAAAAGAUUUCUUUAGUACUUAUUUUUUAAUUAAACAAAAGGAAGAAUUUUAGGUAAAAAUCAGAGUUUUUUGAUCGCGCCUUUACCAAAAAUUCAAAAAUGAAUAUUUUGUUUAUUCCUUCGUUCAAAUCCAACAUAAACUUAUGUACUAAAGAAAUUUUUUUGGUUUUUUGAUUGCAGAUGAGGCAUGAGUUAUCCUGCCCGCGGCAUGGAGAUUUUUUUUAGUGACUCGUCUCUCCCCACUACCACUGGCUUAUUUUUCCAUAUUUUUGUAUGAAAAUUUAACAGAAUAUUCUUGAGAUGAUACUUAAUAAUGUCACAAAUUCUGAGAAUUUUAAUAACGAAGGUCCUCUGAAAAAAAAAUCAAAAAUAUCCUCUUUUUUUGUAUCCCAGACCCUUUUCCCCUUAAAUUUAUCUCUGUGCUUCUUAGGGAACAAUUCAAUACUUCAAUUAAAUGUUUCUUAUAAUUACAAUAAAAACACUAAUUAUCUAAGCCCUAGUAUAUAUAUUUUUUUAACUAAUUACUAAAUAUAUAUAUCUGAAGAUGCUGAUGCCUGAAACCGUAAAAAUAUAUGAUCCUGAAUUUAGCAAACAUUUAAAAAUUUGUGAAUUUUUUUUUUUCAACAAAUCAAUUGCAAAAAAAAAAAACUGAAAAUAUGUACAUGUAGAAAAUUUAAAAAACUACAGGUGCAAUUUUUUCAAAUAUUUUUUUUUUAUAAUUUAUCAUCUAAAAAAAAAAUCGAAAAAUUAUUAGCCGUCUGCUGACUUCAGUAUCAUAAAAAUAUUAACAGUCAAUAAAUUUUGUAUCGAUUUGAAUCGAGUGUCUUUAAUUAUUCUUCCAUAAUAAUUAAUAUUCAACUAUUAAAAUAUAUAUUUCUAAAAAAUAAGACCAUUACUAAACCCCAGUAGAUAUUGAUUGAUACUCGGUCAGAAACCCAAAACGUUUUUGCGCAAACUCGAGCACUCAACUCACCCGGCCCUUAAAUUAAAAAAAAAAAAAAAACUUAAGAAAUAAAGGGACAGGUAAUUAAAAAAAAGUAAUUAAAUACAUAAUUUAUUUUUAUUUAUAUUCGAAUAUUUAUUUUAUUGUCGCACCAUGCGAUUCAUAUUUAUUAUACUUUUUAUAAGCUUUCCUACUCACUCGUCGCUGUUGUGUAUUUACAGCAUUCUUAUUUUUUUUUUUUUACUUUUUUUUUUUCAGUCUUUGUAAAUAUACAUAAAAUAU